AACAUUCACAAUUAACAAAAAAACAUACAUCACCUUUUAUAAUAUUCUCUUAAAGAAAUAAUGGAGAGCAAAAGAGUUGUGAUGAUGGUGACAAUGAUGAUAGUGAUGGGAAACAUCAUGGUUCAGACAGAAGCUCAAGCUUCUCCUUUUAGAAACUGUUACCCAGGCUGUAUAUUGAGUUGUGCCAUUGAGAAGAAGUUUCCAAAUGCUUUUAUGUGUCCAUUGACUUGUAUCAUGACUUGUCUUGGCGCUCCACCAUCACCAAAUCCUUCUCCUCCUUCUCAAAUGGUUUUGUCAAAUGAAUUCGAUCAUAUUGAUUAUUUCUGCAAACUCGGGUGUGCUACUCAUCACUGUCUUCCCCUUUCUUCUCUCCAAAAUCCGAAUGUAGAGAAAGUUGCGGACUGCGUGGAUUCAUGCUCGGACAGAUGCCCCGCCAAGAACUGAAGGCGAUUAUAACAAUUCUCAUUAUAAUCUAAAAUUAA